UGUGGUUUUUUGAAUCGCUCCCAGCCAACUAUUCCGGCAAGCCACAACCGCACAACAAAUAAGUCGUUUCCGAUUCCGAGUGCCUACCAUACGUACUGCCUAAAGACGGAAUAUAAACACUCACACGGCCCUCCUCCUUUUCUUGCUAGCCCUACUAGUCUCCCGCAAGAUACAUACUACAUAGCUUUUCGCUCGCCAUCUCCAAUCUAAUACAUACUUGGCUCAACAGUACGAACAUCCUCCUCGAGCAAAAGACAUACCGCAUUCAUUGGACGUCCUCCUUGACUAUCGAUUCCAGUGGUGCUUUCGUUCUUCUCUGAAAAAGACGAAUACUUUUGUAUGAAAGACAACAUGUGGGCCGACUAUCCAUUCCCGUUAAUAUCCACUCCGGCUGUUGACCGCGGCUACACCGACCAAUUCGUCAAAUCCUCGUCGAAAAUGGCAUUAACGCACAACGUCCUGAUCCGAGGCAUGAACGCCAUGUACCUGCAGUGCGAAUACGUCACGCCCGACACGACCUACGACUUUCUGACGUUCUGCCAAUGCUGGAGCGAGAUGCUGCACAACCACCACGAGUGCGAGGAGAUGGCGUAUUUCCCGGUAAUAGAGAAGGCCGUUGGCGUCGAGGGACUGGCGGAGUCGAAUUUGGACGAGCAUGAGGCCUUCAUGCCCGGACUCCGUAAGUUCGACGACUACGUCUACAACGCCACGCCCUACAAUUUCUCGGGCCAGAAGCUCUACCAGAUCCUCGACUCGUUCGCCGCGGCCCUGCAGAUGCAUUUGACCGACGAGAUUGUGUGGAUCCUCUCGCUCAGCAAAUACAAGCACCUGGACCUAGCCGCGAUUGAUGUCCAGCACGGCAUGUACGUGAAAGCGCACUCCUCGCGCCUCCGGCUGCUCCCGUACCUCCUCACGAACCACGACCUCACCUACGAAGGCGGGAUUCACUCCUGGUGGCCAACGGGCAACAGAGCCCGCGAUAUGUUCCUGCGGUAUAUCUGCACGCUGUGGAAUCGGGGCGCGUGGAAGUACAGUGCCUGCUCGCUCGGCGGGAAACCGAGGCGGCUCCAGGGGAUAAAGUGGGAUAAGCUCGACGACGUCACGGUCGAGACGGCUAUGGUGGAGCUGGAUAUCGAGAUCGGUCCCAAGCCGCCGGAUAAGGCGUAUACCAGGAUUUCGAAGGAGGUGCCGCAUGUCACGCAUAGCCCGAGUGAAAGCCAGUUCAGCUCGAGGAGUGUGACGAGGCUAGUUUGAGUGAAGAUACGAGUUUGAGAGGGUCGGUUUCGUUGGCGUUUUUCUUUUCUCAUUGGGGAGGGGUUUGUUUUUGUUUUUGUUUUUGGAAAAAUGGGGGUGUUACGUGAUAUAGAAACUCAGCUUUGUGAUAGACGGCAACAAACGGUCGAUUUUUUUUACCUAAAUAGUUACAUAUUUACUUACUAUAAUAGUACAAGUACAUACAUGAAAACGCAAGAUUCGAAG